AUGGCGUCUUCAUCCGACCAAAAUUCCCUCUUACCGAGUAUGAAGCUCCUCCCCUCCGCUUUCAUAGCCACCAUCAUGACCAAGCUUGACAUCCGCUCCAUCCAUUCACUCGCAUCCACGUGUAUUUUUAUAACCAUGGGAUUUCAGUUACUUGGCCGAGCUGGUGUAUUUCAUCUAAUGCAUGAUGUACAGGCCAGUCAUAGCAUAACUAGAAGCACAGUAGAGCCUAUAUUUGCAGAGUACAUAGGGAGAUUUAAGAUAGAAUCAAUUGAGUCUGAGAAUCUAAGACUUGGAAAUCUUCAACCAAUAAUUCAUGGCACAAAAUGUUCUGCUUGGGAGAUUAAAGUAACUCCAAAUCAGAAUUCAUUGUGGGGUGCUGUCACAACUGAUGAGAAAAUGGUUGCCAACACCGGAUCAGUUGGUAGCUAG